AUAUGCAUUAAGUGGUAGAAAGAAAUUGGGCGUUAUGGUAACGAAAGACGAUAUGGUCGAAUAGUCUAUUAAUCUCCAAGAGAACAAUUGAUUAAAAACUGUACGUUUAACCGCUUGCUAAUGCUACUAAGUCUCGAACGGUUUUUAGUUACACUGAGUAUUUACAGAGAGGCCAGGAUUAGCAUAAUAAUUUGAAGCAUUUUAGCGCCGGUUACUCAGCCCUUGAAAUGCAUCUGUGCGGUUGCGUAUCUCGCAGGAAGGGAGUUAGUAUCGACAAUUUCGAAUCGGGUAAAGGUAAAAAGACAAAAAAGAAGAAUGGCGACAAGAGAGUAUCAGUUGAUGAACCAGAAUUUACGGCCCAAUUAGUGAAAAAGGACCAAAGUGGUGAGGUAUAUCAUAUGGAAUAUAUUAUAACUAAUGAAAUAAAAUCCAAUAAAGGAAUAAAAGAGCCGGAUGGAGAGAGAAUUGAACAAGUUAACGAGGCGCCAUGCACAGCUGAAGUGGCAUUAAAUAAUCAAAGCGGAUUAACUGCUAAUCGCUGUAUUAAUGAUAAUGGAUUUAGUGAUUGUGAUGCUUCCGACUUUGAGAAAAGCUAUAAACCGACAUAUUAUAGGAGUCAUCAUGGAACUCUGGACAUACGCUUUAGGAAUCCAGGAUACUAUGCAGAUUUGGGUAAACCGGUAUCGCGUCAAUGGAAUCACGAUAAAAACAUGGCAUAUGCUACUUUACCGAUAACUCAAUGCCAUAGAUCGGGAUUCGGUACCCUAGCAAUACAUUAUGGAACACCAGCCAGCAAUAAGGGUCAAUACGAAAGCGAUCCAGAGCCAUUUGCUCUUUCAAUGUAUGAGAAGAUAACUAAUAAACCGAGGAAUAGCAAUAAGCUUAUCGAAAAAGAUAUUCACUACGAAGGAGAUAAUAGUUUCCUCAGAAAGCUAAUGCUUAAAGAUAUUAUAGGUCAAAAGAGCCACGUUAGAAGGUCUUCAUCCUCUAAUUCGGUCAACUCUCAGGAUGACGACGGAAGAGACAGAGUUAGUGCAAACGGUUCAGGUGGACAGCGUGGGGGAAAACGUCAAUACCAUAGAGGAUAUUGGUCAAUGGCGCCUUCCGAUUACCAGUUGGAUGAAAACAGAUUUCCUUUCGUUGAAAGUUGCAAAGAGUCAAGUUGUGAAGAUAUUCGCAACGCAACCGAAAGGAAGACUUACCACAGAGGCGCUUGGACGGCUUGUCUUUCCGGUGACGAUAUUAAUAAAAGCCUUAACUCUUACUCUACACUACCCUUACCAAACGUAAAAAGAGACGAUGAAAACGCCCUUUCAAAAGGCUUCCGAUCCGCGUGGUCAAUGAAAGUUACUGGAAAUAACCUAGAAAACUUCCAGGCUAACUAUUCACCAAAGUUUAAAUUGGAAUCUCCCCGGAAGCCAAUUAAACAGUAUUACAGGUCAAAUAAUUUGGUAAACGUAUACGGAACUCGUUUAGAAGAGGUUGGUAUAAAGUUGAAAAUAAUAGUAUGUUAUUUUUUAUUUAACAAAGAUAUACCUUUAUUCUCUCAACAAAAAGCUUGUGGAGAAGUCAAAAGACACGGACGAUAA